AUGAGCGCAUCAGGAGCUCCGCCAUCCUCCUCCCCCUCGUCCUCUCCGUCGUCGACCUCCACACUCUCCUACAUCGCCGACAUGCAGCAGAAGACUCGCAAGGCCAGAAGGUUCGCCGAGGCAGAGGCCGGUCUGCCCAAGCUGACGCCGCACUCGCCCCUCCGGAUGCUCAGCCCCGAGUACGCCAGGAAGGUCAUGUCUGUCCCCGUCAGCGACACCGUCUCCAACAUCCUCUCCUAUCUGGGCACUAAGAACCCCCUCCCCCAAGCUGUGCGCAAGGAUGAAGAGGUCUGGCUGCUCGACAACACCGCUUUCGUGUCCCCCACACAGCCCGGCCGCUGGGAGGCCGAGUUCAUCGCCUGCGUCUUCACUCAACAUGCCAGCUGCAAGGUUGCCGACGCCGUGCUGCAAGUUGCAAACACAAUCGGCCUCGCCGACGACGAAAAGGCAAAGCAGAUCAUCGAGAGCCGCAUCAUGCCCUUCCUCAUGGACAUCCAGCCUGGCAAACAGGUGCUGGCCCUGCACGGCGGAGAGACACAAUUGACUCUGGGACCCGGUGGGAGAAACGGCAUCAGCAGCGACAUUCGCUUUCUGCCUUCAGCCCCCGCCGGCAUGCUCGUGCCUUCCACCGCCGAAGUCCCGCAUGGAGCGACUGGGAUGCUUCACAUGAAAACCUUCUUCGCCGAGCCCGAGGGAUGGGGCGUCAUUUCAGACAUCGACGACACGAUUAAGAUCACUCAGACCAGUGACCCCAUCGGUAUCCUGCGAAGCACAUUUAUCGACGAGCCCACUCCCACCCCUGGUAUGCCCGAACUGUACAAGUUCCUGCAGUCGGAGCUCACAGCCACGGCGCCGUUCUUCUACCUCUCCGCAUCACCAUACAACCUGUACCCAUUCCUGCGCAAGUUUCGCGAACAGUACUACCCCCACGGCACGCUCGUGCUUCGCGAUGAGAGCUGGAUGAGCAUCCCGGGCCUACUGUCCAAUCUCACACUGGGGACCGAAAACUACAAGGCGGAGAGGAUGAAGAAGAUCCACAGCUGGUUACCGAGGAGAAAGAUGAUUGCCAUUGGGGACAGCACGCAGAGCGAUCCUGAGGCGUACGGUGAUAUAUACCGAGCUUUCCCAGACUGGAUUAAGAUUAUUCUGAUUCGCAAGGUAACGGACAUCGCAGCAAUUGGAAUCGAAUCCAAGAAUGAGCCAGAACGGUUCGAGAAGGCAUUCAAGGAUGUUCCACGAUCCGUGUGGCAUGUUUUUGAUGAUCCAGCAGAAUGCUACCAGAUCAUCCGAGAUACUGUCGCCUAA